AGGGUUUUCUCCGUUGUUAUUCGUUAACGCGUUUUGUUUUUGUUUUUCAUCAUAAUUGACUCUGACAAGCUUUAGCGACGGGAACUUCGGUUUAGUGUUCCCCACACUCUCUUUUCUUUCUCCUUAGCGGUUCUUCGAGACAGCACCAAAAAAAAAAGAAUAUAUAGAUAUAGAAGCAAACCGUUCACCUUUCGGUGGUUUCCCUCCUAUUCAAACUGAAGUCACUACGCGUCCUUUGCGGAGUAGCCUGUCCGACGCCACCCGCUCUCUCCUGUGCGUCUCGCUUCUACUCUUCGUCGAUCGAGAACCCCAACAACAACCGUAGCCGCAACCCGCUGCUCGCGUGUCACCGCACCGUCUCACUUUUCGCUGCCUCGCCCAAGCCAACCAUGUCAGGCAAGAAGAAGAUCGCGGAGACGACCGUGAAUCUGGCGACGUUGCCCGAGCCCGAGUUCUGGCAGCACCGUGUCGAGAUCUUUGACCGUCUCUGGCAAGAGCAACAGAACAAAUAUGAAUCGAUGAAGACCCCCAUCAAGGUGCACCUGCCAGACGGCAAGCUGAUGGACGCGGAGAGCUGGGUGAACUGCCCUCUGGACAUCGCCAAGCGCCUGUCCAACUCCUUGCCGGACAAAGUCAUCGUGGCGCGCGUCAACGACCACCUCUGGGAUUUGACUCGCCCCUUCGAGGGCGACUGCGAUCUCGAGCUGCUCGACUGGGACGACAAGGAGGCGCGGGAGGUGUUCUGGCACAGCUCGGCGCACGUGCUCGGCUACGCGAUGGAGCGCAUCUUGGACACGAAGCUGUCUGUCGGCCCCGCGCUGGAGGAGGGCGGCUUCUUCUACGAGGGCAUGACAAACCGCCCUGUCUCGGAGUCCGACUAUAAGGCCAUCGAGACCGCCAUGCAGGAGCUGGUGAAGCAGAAGAUGCCCUACCAGCGGCUCGAGGUCCCCAAGGAGGACGCGCUGCGCCUCUUCAACUACACCGACUUCAAGAGCAAGAUUCUGGCCAGCAAGGUGCAGGACGGCGCGACCUGCACGGUGUACCGCUGCGGUAUGCUCAUCGACCCCUGCCGCGGCCCCCACCUCCCCGACACGGGCCGUGUGAAGGCCUUCGCCGUCACCAAAAACUCGUCUUCCUACUUUGAGGGCAAGGCCGAGAACGAGGUGCUGCAGCGCGUCUACGGCAUCUCCUUCCCGAAGAACCCGAUGCUGGCGGAGUGGAAGAAGAUCCAGGAGGAGGCUGCGAAGCGCGACCACCGCAUCAUUGGCCGUCAGCAGGCGCUCUUCAACUUCCACGAGGUAUCGCCCGGUAGUGCCUUCUGGCUGCCGCACGGCGCGCGCAUCUACAACGCCAUCGUCGAGCACCUGCGCCGACAGUACCGCCGCCGCGGCUUUCAGGAGGUGAUCUCACCCAACAUGUACUCGUCCAAGCUGUGGAUGGUGUCGGGCCACUGGGAGAAGUACGCAGAGAACAUGUUCCGCACUGUGUGCGAGAAGGAGGAGUACGGCCUGAAGCCGAUGAACUGCCCGGGCCACUGCAUCAUGUUCGCAUCCCAGCAGCACUCCUACAAGGAGCUGCCGAUCCGCUACGCCGACUUCGGCGUGCUGCACCGCAACGAGCUGAGCGGCGCCCUCACCGGCCUCACCCGCGUGCGUCGCUUCCAGCAGGACGAUGCGCACAUCUUCUGCCGCAUGGACCAGGUCACGGACGAGAUCGAGGCGGCGCUGCAGUUCCUUAGCGACGUGUACGGCGUGAUGGGCUUCAAGUUCUUCUUCUGCCACUCCACCCGCCCCGAGAACAAACUCGGCUCGGACGCUAUCUGGGACGAGGCGGAGUCGCAGCUGUGCACCGCGCUGAACAACUUCUGCGGCAUCCCGCAGCAGCUGCCGGACCCGAUGCACCCCGGCCAGACCUUCCACUUCGACGGCCGCCCAGACGCGGUGAAGAAACUGAAGGCGCUUGUGAAGAGGGCGGAGCGGGAGGAGGACGCGGGCGCGUGGAAGGGCCCGGUGAACGACGGCGAGGGGUGGACGGAGAACACAGGGGAUGGCGCCUUCUACGGCCCCAAGAUCGACAUCGUCGUCGAGGACGCCCUGCGCCGCCGCCAUCAGUGCGCCACGAUCCAGCUAGACUUCAACUUGCCCAACCGCUUCGGUCUCAAGUAUACCCUGCCCACGUCGGAGAAGGACGGCGCGGCCGCGGAGGCCGUCCCAAGAGACAAGCCGAAGCACGCCGCCGACCCUGCCGCGAGAGGUGCUGCUGGCACUGGCGAGGCAAGCGCGAAGCCGAAGCCUGGCACGUACGAGGCUGCGGUGCACGACCUCGGCAUCGACCUGGAGCUCGACCCGAACCAGGCCCGCCCCGUCAUGAUCCACCGUGCCAUUAUGGGCUCCCUGGAGCGCUCCAUCGCCAUUCUGUGCGAGCACUACGGCGGUGACUGGCCGUUCUGGAUGAGUCCUCGCCAGGUGAUGGUGGUGCCGGUGUCUGGUCCGUGCUACGAGUACGCGCAGAAGGUGCGCGACACGAUCUACGACGCCGGCUUCCACGCCGAUGUCGACACUGGUGCGGCCACCCUCGACAAGAAGAUCCGCAACGCCGAGACGGCGCGCUACAAUAUCAUUUUGGUGGUCGGCCAGCAGGAGAUGGAGGCCUCCAGCGUUAACAUCCGCGCCCGCGGUGAGAAGCGUUUGGGGAACAAGACGCUGGCGGAGGCGAUGCAGUGGUUCAAGGAACUGGCGGACACGAACAGCCGUGAGUACUAA